CUGCCUCUUUCUCUCUUCUUCUUGCUUCUUGCUUUUUGCUUCUUGCUUCACUGACUGGCUGCAGCAACAGGCGGUGGUGGUGUCCGUCCAUCUUCGGGAUCGACGAUGGCAGCGGAGACGUUCAGCGCGGUGCUUGACAGCGGAUGGCGCUGGUGGAUUGGCGCUGCCAUCACAACAGCGGUGGUCUAUCAGGUGGUGGAGCCCGCAGCAAGAUUAUGGGAUUGGUGCCACUCCACGUCGAUGCUGCACGCGCUGUCACCGACUGAGCUGUUCACGCAAGGGCUUGGCCUGCUGCCCACUUCAGCCAGCACCAACGGCACGCUGUGGGAUGUGGCUGUCACGCCGUUCACGGAGGCAGCCAGCUUCUUCUUCACAUCGCCGGCGCACACGCCGCGAGCCACGUACCUCUCCAAAGCCUUCUCCAUCUCCCCCAUCCACUUUGAGCCGGGCACCUUCAUGCACGACAUGUACUGGCUCGUGCUGCCAGCGUUCAUCGUCGGCAUCAUCGGCCUCACCUCCAUGCUCCUCAACAGCCCCAUCGGGCGCCCUGCGCUGCAAUGGAUCAACACGCACAAGCGAAAGACGGCUGGCGUGCUGCUGCAGGGCUUCUCGCUGAUUUUGCUCAGCGACGCCAUGGCGGACUUGCUGGCACCCCCCUCGUCUGCGCCAAGCCCCUUUCGAGUGGUGCUGCUGCUGUCGCUGUCCACUGUGCUGACGGGCGCCAGCUUGUCCCUGCUAUCAAAUACGGUCUUGUAUUUGUCCAUCCCCGCAACCUCGCUGAUCCUUGCCAAGCUGUGGGCCACCUUUGCAGGCUAUUGCAGCCACGCGCUUGCCAACAGUGCUGUGGCCGCAGACACUGCUGAAGCGACCACAGCAGCCGUCACCCACGUUGCUGCCGCGUUUCCGUUUCGGCUGCUCAGCUUUGCGCUGGCGCUGCUGGCGUUCUCUGUGCAAGGCGCCGCCCGCCAGUGGUGGAGUUUGGAAUGGCAGAAGCACGUGGGUCCGGGCAUGGUUCGCGUCAUCGCCGGCCUUCACCUCGCGUGCACCUGCAUCGUCGGUGCAUCCCUGGACGUGAACCAACGUGGGUUUCUGUUGCACGUGCUCCCCAUCAUCACUGUGUCGCUGCUUGAGUUUACGCGACUGCACCGCCACCCGUUGAUUAUCGAGCUGGCAGACAGCGUCGCCGCCCUCCUCUUCAUGGUCACCGUGAACGGGUCGCUGUUGUAUGCGUGUCACGCCAGCAUCCGCUGGGGGUUCACCUUCCUCGAUGCGCCCCUCCUCUCGCUCCGUUUCUGGCUCGUCGACAUCUGGAUGUUCCUCAUCAUCAUGGCCUGUGCCGUCCUUUCCGCCGUUGCCGCGUGGUUUGUUGUCAUCAACACACAGCGCUAUGCGCCCCGCGCCCUGCGCUAUGUGUGGCUCCCCUUCCACUUUACCGUCCGCUCCAUCGUGCCUGCAGGCAAGAUGGCAGUGCGCGUCACCGCGUUUUGCCUUUUGGAGUGGGCCGGCACGGCGCUCGUGGAUAAACGCGCGGCCGAUGACGCCACCAUCGUGGGCGUGGCUGUUGCGUUGGCCAUCACCGUCGCCGUUGCCACGGGCAUCUCCGUCGGCACCGUCCUCACCAUGCGCAGAUUUCGCCAGCUGGAGUCGACGUGCCUUUGGAUGGGUGCUGGUGCUGGCCUGAUCCACAGCAGUGUGCGCGUGCUCAUGGCCCAUCCCACCUUCGACACCCUCCCGCUUGUCUACACCAACUUUGUCCUCGCCUUCUUCUGCUACGACGCCACGGUCAGCUGGCCGGUUGGCAGACGCAUCAAGCGCGCCCUUGCCCCUGCCGGCCGCGCGCUCAAGCGAGCCGCCGUUGCUGGUGCCGACAUCACCGCACGCGUCGCAACACGCGUUGGCCGUGUGGUGGCGAGGGUGCUGCGCGCAGUGACGAGGGUUGUGGUCACCGUCGCUCGCAAGGUGGCCAACGUGUUGACAGCGGUUGCGCGGGCGGUGGGCAAGGUGGUGAGGGCGCUUGUCCACGAGCUGGUGCGGGCACUCAAGGUGGUUGUGCGGGUUGUGGUGCGCGCAGUUGUGCAGGUGGCAAUGAAGCUGCGAUCGGCUGUGCGAGGUGCAACACCGCUGCUGCAGUUCCUGGCCAGCGCAGCGGUGACCGUCCUGUUUUUCCGCCCGCUCUUCGCUGCCCGCGACCUGCAGCUCUCCGACGCUGCCUUCCUCCUCUCCGGGUGGGCAAGCACGUGCUGCACCGUGAUUAUGGCGGGCACGGCGCUGAGGAGCAGGCGUGUGCACGCGUUUGGCAUGACGCUGUUUGACUACGUUGACUUUGGGCUGACGACCCUCGCCAUCCAUGCUGCUGUCGCUGCCCUGUUCAACCUCAACCGGCUGCUGCGCUUCGUGUUUGGCGCCGUUCACCGCGUGUGGGUGAUGCUCGUUGGUGUCGUCUUCAACAUCUGGGUCAGCGUCACCACCACCCUCCGCGCCGUCGCUCGUGCUGGGGCGCGGCAGUUUUCGCUCAUCUGGCGCAAUCCGCUCGUGGCCAUGCUCUCGGCCGCUGUUGUCAUCGCCGGUGCAUACCAGGUUCACAAGUUGGGGUUGAAACCACAAAUGGCAACGGACACGUUGUGGCAUAUGGCGGAGGUGGCGUGGGCCGGCAUUGCUGCCACACGUGUGUACAUUGUGGAUGCAUACGCCUCUCUGCAACCGUUGCUGUCCCGCACCCUACGCGAGCUGUCAGCGUGGCGCCAGAUCAUGGUUGGCUCGGCAAGUUCAGCAGACCUGUUCCGUAUGGCGUCGUUUGCGUGGGUGUUCUACAUUGGCUGCUCGGCCGUCUCCGUCACGCGCCUGCACCGCCGCAUGCGCCGCAAGACCAUUGCUGUCCCCAUCAUGGUGCUAUACACGACUGCGUACCUGGCCCCUGCCUUCUUCAACCUCGUGCUGGUGGUCCUCGUGGCGUGGGUGGUGGGCUCCAUCGUCGUCUGGGAGCACGACCUGGCAGAGCGACGGCAGGCCCACAACCAGUGGCUGGAGAUGCAGCGAGAGCGCAAUGCACAGGGCGCUGCUGCUGGCGCUGGCGCGGGCGCGUUUGAGCAGCAGCGACGACAGCAGCGGCAGCCGCGCUUUGAGAUGCCGGAAACAGACGCAUCCGAGUACACGGAGCAGGUGUUUGAGGCGACAGAAUGCAUCAUCUGCCAGGAGGAGUUCACUGCGGAGGUGACGGGCUACACGCUGCCGUGCGGACACCGCGCGUUUCAUCGCGAAUGCAUCACAGACUGGUUCAACGCCAGCAACAACACGCGCUGCCCAAUCUGCCGCGCACCCGCCGACCAGACGACACAGUGGCUGCAAACCGUCUUCUAAGUCUAAGUGUGCGUGUGUGUGUGUGUUGGAGAGAGAGAGAGUGUGUGUGAGUGAGAGAGAGUGAGAGAGAGAGAGAGAGACGGAAGAGACGGAAGAAGCAUGGUGUGUGGGACGCGCAGUUAAAAUUAGAAACGUACAGAGGGCAUGCGCUCUUCUCCUUGCUCUUGUUCAUACAGUCGUGCUUUGGAUGCGCCAGUUGUUCAUGGAAUGGGUUCAUUGGGUUUAUGUGAAAUGAAA